UAAAGGCAGUUUGUACCCUGCGACAGAGGUUGUUGGUCGUACAAAAUCCAACCGGAAGUGUUGGUGAACGGUCUUACUGAAUUGCCCUGAUCUUUGCUCUAAAAAUUCAAAGCUGCUGUCUGCUGGUCCGCUGCUUCACAGAGAAGAUGUUGAGAAGUGCCUCAACACAGAUCUUAAGACAGAUGGUGAGAUACAGGAGUACAGACACCAGCCUCAUCUUGGAGAGAUCGAUAAACCGCGUGCAGCUGUUAGGACGAGUUGGUCAGGACCCCGUGAUGAGACAAGUGGAGGGUCGCAACCCUGUUACCAUCUUCUCAGUAGCAACCAAUGAGAUGUGGCGCUCUGGAGACGGAGAGAUGACCUCAACAGGUGACAUCAGUCAGAAGACGACGUGGCAUCGCGUGUCGGUGUUCAAACCUGGUCUGAGGGACGUGGCCUACCAGUACGUCAAGAAAGGGUCUAGGAUUCUAGUGGAGGGAAAACUGGACUAUGGAGAGUAUGUGGACAAGAACCAAGUGAGACGCCAGGCCACCACCAUCAUUGCAGACAACAUCGUGUUCCUGAGCGACAACGUCCGAGACCGAACCUGAAGGAUCUUCCCAACACACUUCUUCUUUUUGUAUAGAAAUAAGACUGAAGAGCCGAGUGCUGCAAAGUAAAGGAACCGUUUUUCCAUCCAAGACCCGGAAAUACUCUGAAAAACUGGUGUGGAGUUUGACUGGUGGUGCCCUCUGCUGGUUGGAAAAAAAUGACCUCCAAGCAUCAAGAGAUGCAGAAACAACCUGCUCUUGUAGUGUAUAUAUACAAAUAUACACUUACAGAUUAUGAUUUUGAUUGUACAUCAUGUGCAUAAACCCCUCUUUUUCUCGUACUUAAGUUUUUCUUUGUGUGAGAAUAAUUUUGGAAGCUUGAGGGGCAGAAUUGGACUCGUUUGGAAACAUUUACAGAUGAAAAUAGAGCAUAAGAAAAUGUUAAUCCAUCCGGUUUACUUCAGAAUGCCUCUCAUCGAUCCUGGCUGUGAAGUUUUUGGACUCACUUUAAGAUGUUGACACUCCGUUUCGACGGUUAGGUACAGAAGAUCAUCGUCAAAACUGUCAGUUUUUCCUCAUAACUAUAAUAACCUCUUUUUUCUGUUAGCUCAAGAAUUCAGAGAUUGUUUCUUCACUAAGAAGAUAAAAGAAAAUUCACUUCAUAAAUGAAGUUAUUGUUUUCAUGUUUUAACUUGCUUGGGUGGUGGUUUCAGAGGUAGAUUAAUCACUAAGAUAAGCUCUCUUUGUCAUCAGUUUUUGCAUUUUUGACCUUAAAAUUCAUGAAACCUGUUCUUGAAAUGAUACAAGUUUGUUCUUGAUUUUCAAAAGACAAACAGUGUUUUUUUUUUUCAGCUUCUCGUGUUCUGCCCUGCGUGACUCGACUCUUCUUGCAUUUCUUCUUCAUGCAAAUCCCUCACACAUGAAGGGUUGUUUAACUGGAGUGAAAAGUGCUGAUCCUUAAAACACUUGAGGGUAAACCAAAAAAAAGAAAAAAGAGUUCAGCACGCAAAUUAAGAGAAAGCAACUUGAAUGUGGUUUUUCUCCUUCUGUCUGAUUUCCUGCUUCUAUCCCUGAAUUGUGCAUAAUUAUAACAGAACAUUUUGAUGCGUGUUGACACUUUGGCGCCUUUUUAUCUGUUCCAUUUCUUCUCGGUUUCUGCUUUGUCACAAUCUGGUCGGUUGUUAUCACAUUAUCUGUUAAUUCAUUUCCUUCCUAAACGGUUUCUGGUUGCUUUCAGCUCGCUGCUGUUGGUCAGUUUUUCUGUAAUAGUUGCUAUAAUAGACAUUUUCCAAAGUAUCUUUGUGUUCAUUUCUAUGAUUUAACUUUCCAGUGUUUCCUCAUUUCACUUACAAUGUAUUUUACAGAGGAGAAAAAGGAGAAAAGUGCAUCUAAAGCAAUUAAAGCAAAGUUGAAAAUCAGAAUAAAUCCCAAAUGGAAGUUCAAGUAAAUAAUUGA